CCCCCUCUUCCUCUCGAGAGUCCUGACCCAUCGACCUACCCAAUGUCCAAUCCGACCCAGUCUACCACCGCGGUGCCCUAGGGCUGCCGUAGCUUAGCGCCACCGCCGACUUGUCACCCCUCCGCCUCUCACGCGCGUCGCCGCCAUCGCCGCCUCCGUUCUACCUCACCGCCUCCUUGGUGUCUCCGCCCCGUCCGUAAUUUCGGACAUUGGUUGUUGAGAUCCGUCCCUGUUGGUGGUGGGUGAAUCGCCGCGGGCGGCGGGGGAAGAUGAUACGGCUACAGACGUACGCGGCGUUCAGCCUGCUGGCGACCACGUCGGCGGUGUACUACGCGUUCAGCAGCAGGGAGCAGUUCUACCCGGCGAUGGUCUACCUCUCCUCCUCCAAGAUCUGCUUCGUGCUGCUCCUCAACACGGGCCUCGUCGCCAUGUGCGUAGCCUGGCAGAUCGUCAAGCGCAUCUUCCUCGGCACGCUCCGCGAGGCCGAGGUCGAGCGCCUCAACGAGCAGUCCUGGCGGGAGGUCGUCGAGAUCCUCUUCGCGGUCACCAUCUUUCGCCAGGACUUCUCCGUCUCCUUCCUGGCCAUGGUCGCCGCCCUGCUCCUCGUCAAGGCGCUGCAUUGGCUCGCGCAGAAGAGGGUCGACUACAUUGAGACCACGCCCUCCGUGCCCAUGCUCUCGCACAUAAGGAUCGUGUCAUUCAUGGUCUUCCUGCUUGCCGUCGACUGCAUCUUCCUCUCCAACUCCUUGAUGUCACUCAUAAAGAAGCGAGAGGCGUCUGUUGCAAUCUUCUUCUCCUUCGAGUAUAUGAUACUAGCAACAUCGACAGUAUCGACAUUCGUGAAGUAUGUAUUCUAUGUCAGUGACAUGCUAAUGGAAGGUCAAUGGGAGAAAAAGGCAGUGUAUACCUUUUAUUUGGAGCUUAUUAGUGACCUUGUGCACUUGUCUUUAUAUAUGCUCUUCUUCAUAGCUAUAUUCCUGAACUAUGGUGUGCCACUUCACUUGAUCCGUGAGCUGUACGAGACCUUCCGCAACUUCAGAAUUCGUGUUUCAGAUUAUGUACGCUACAGAAAGAUAACUUCCAAUAUGAAUGAACGCUUUCCAGAUGCUACAGCUGAUGAGCUCGAUGCGAGUGACGCUACAUGUAUAAUUUGCCGUGAAGAGAUGACUACAGCAAAGAAGCUGCUUUGUGGGCACUUGUUCCAUGUGCAUUGUUUGAGGUCAUGGUUAGAGCGCCAACAUACUUGCCCCACAUGUAGAGCCCCCAUUAUCCCCCCGGACAGUGGACGUGCUGCAUCAACUCGACAACAUGGAGCUCAACCGGGAGUUCAGUUUGCUGCAGGCACUGGCGCUCCAGGUUCAGGUGGACCACCAAGUGAGAAUGUGAACAGGCGCCAAGCAAAACUUGAGGCUGCUGCUUCAGCUGCUUCUUUAUAUGGAAGAUCUUUUGCUUACCCUCCAACGAACACAUUGAAUAGGUAUUCAGGACCUCUACAUGCUACACCAAGUACUUCACAAUCAGGAGAAGCAAGUACUUCCAAUCAAUCACAGGAAGACCAGCAGAACACCCCUGAUCCCUCGGCAUCUCAACCUUUUAUUUCACAUGGCCCUGUUAUCUCAACAGCAAGCAACAGAGACCUUGAAAAAUCACUGCAAAUGGCCUACCAAAACGCUAUAAGGAGUCAGAUAGAGAUGUUGCAAAUCCAAUUGCAAAUGGUGCAGCAAGGAUCUACGGCAUUGGCAACUAACAAUGAGAAUGCUGAGCAAGCAAAAAGUGAGUGAAGUGGUAUAUAUCGGAAGUGAGGUCUCGGGCUUGGGUAAACAAAUAAGAUAGAUGGAAACUUGGCAAUACCUGUGGUGAGGGGUCCCUUAUGUAAAUGUUAGCACCUCUAUCAGCAUCAAGUGUUUUGUUUGUUUUAUUUGCUAGUUUGCGUAGAUUUAAUCUUAUUGUCAAACCAGGAUUAUACCUUAGAAAAGCAGUCAUAUUGUAAAACUGACUAUUGACACCAUCUGUGAGAUCAAACAAAAUACAUCUACCGGGAAACA